AUGGCGAUGAAUCUGUUGUUUGAUAUUCUGGGAGAGGAAGGGAACCGGGUUCGUCGACCGCGAGUUCACUACGACCGGUCUUCGCCGUUAGCUGACCUAAAUGAUGACCAACUUAGAGCGAGGUAUAGGUUUGGCAGAGCUGGUAUCGAAUUUAUUAUUGGCAUAGUGAGAGAUCGCCUUGAAUAUCCAACAAAAAGAAGCAACGCGCUAUCGGUGGAAAUGCAGGUGCUGAUAGCCCUGCGCUUCUAUGCGACGGGAACAUUCCAACAGGUUGUUGGCGAUACAAUUAUGGCUGAUAAAUCUACUGUAUCGCGGGUGAUACGCAAAGUGUCGGAAGUUUUGUCUUCACUGAUACCACAAUUCAUCAAAUGGCCGGUCAACAGACAAGACAAAUUGAAAAUACAACAGGGGUUUUAUCAGCAUGGUGGAUUCCCAGGCGUUGUCGGAAGUAUUGAUGGUACACACAUUCGGAUACAAGCACCAACAAAGGACGAACCUAAUUUUGUCAACCGGAAAGGCUACCACUCGAUCAAUGUACAGGCCGUAUGUGAUCAUGAAGAAAAUAUUGGUCAAUCUAUCAUCUGA